AUUUUAUUUUUUUAGUACAAAACCAUUCGAUAUAGUUAUAGUUGAAUCAGAGAUAUUUUUUUAACUGUUAUUUUUAUACCUCUACCUACUGAAUUUUUUCCAACAAAAUUUAGAACCUACAUAUUUUGAAAAUGUAUGAGCCAGAAAUAAAUUUUGAGAGUUGAAAGGUUUAAGAUGGUUAAGGUCAUAUGUACACGGUUUUGUUAAGAAAUAUAUUGAAAUUUCCAUUUCAAGUAACCAACUACAAAGUUUCACAAGCCUGAAAUAAAAGUUAGCAAUAUUGCGCAAGAACCCGAUCAAUGCUAAUAUGGGUAGAAGUAAACCGAGAGAUAGUUUAUUGCUAAUGAUUGACGUCAUUGCAUGGAUAAUUGGAUGUAAACGUAGUCACUUCCAAUAAAAUCCAACAAUACCAAGGUUCCCGUAUUGUUUAACAGGACGUAAACAGAAUUUAAAAUAAAAAACAGUUUUGGUAGUCCACUGAUCAUUUCACAUAGGACGCAAUAAAGUUUUUACAAAGGGAGUAAUAAAUUUCACUUGAAAUGGAGCUAUUAAGUUGACUGAAGCAAACUAUGCGAGUUAGUACAAUUAAAAAUAAAUAGUUUGAAAUAAAAAUUAAGCAUGUAAAAGUGUUGGUUGGAACAGCUGAAAUGUUCAUAUUUGGUGAAUCGAAAUAUUCAGAUGCCAACAAGAAGCUUCAAGAUGUACUGGUGGAAUUUUGUGGCAGUGGGCAUCCAUACAAGCAUAAUCCUGACGGGGAUAUCGACCUACAAGGAUUCUGCGAAUUUCUGGACACUUACUUGGAGAUGGAAACUCCCAGGGAGCUGUGUAAGCACCUGUUUCUAUCGUUCGUCCGAAAGAGUGUCAAAAUGGAAGGUAAAGCGUUUAAAGAAAUGACAGUGCUCAGCUCAACGACAGCUUGUGCUCCCAUAACAUCGCAUAACAGAGGUUCUUCUCCGAACUUGAAUGCUAUUAGUGAGUUGAGCACACCCAAUGAAAAGCCGAAGACAUUUGUCGAAAGAAUACAAGGUCUAAGCGAAACACUACUAGGACAUCACAAAUCGGAUUGUGACUGUUCCAAUAAAGGAAAAUCAGGAAGCGUCCAUCCAAUGCUGACAAUAACACACACGUCCUAUUCAUGUCACGAAGCUGUUGGGAAAAAAAGCACUGAUUCCAGCCCCUCGCAUAGCCAGAUUUCACGAAAUUCAUCGAAAAAAUCCAAUAACUCUUUGUUGGUCAAUAAUGGAAAAUUAGAAGAUGAGCGACAUCUUCUUGAAAACACGGUGCUAGUCAAUAGCGUAAAGGUGUCCUUAAAAGACAUUGUCUGUUAUUUGUCGUUACUUGAAGCCGGGCGACCCGAAGAUAAAUUAGAAUUUAUGUUUCGACUGUACGAUACGGAUGGAAAUGGCUACCUGGACAAGAACGAAGUGGAUUGUAUAGUAAAUCAAAUGAUGACCGUAGCUGAGUAUUUGGGAUGGGACGUUUCAGAGCUGAAACCUAUUUUACAAGACAUGAUGAUAGAGAUAGACUUCAACAAAGAUGGUCUAGUUUCACUGGAAGAGUGGAAGAGAGGUGGAUUAACAACAAUUCCUUUGCUAGUUCUUUUAGGACUAGAUUCCAAUGUCAAAGAAGAUGGCAAGCAUUUAUGGAGAUUGAAGCAUUUCAGCCGACCAGCCUAUUGUAACUUGUGUCUGAAUAUGUUGGUAGGAUUGGGCAAGAAAGGCCUAUGUUGUACAUUUUGUAAAUAUACCGUCCACGAACGUUGUGUAGGCAGAGCGCCGGCAAGUUGCAUAGCGACGUACGUCAAGAGCAAGAAGUCUUCACAAACGUUGCUGCACCAUUGGGUGGAAGGAAAUUGCCAUGGAAAAUGCGGCCGAUGCCGGAAACCGGUAAAAGCUGGGGUUACUGGCUUGCAUUGCAGAUGGUGCCAGAUUACACUGCACAAUAAAUGCGUUUCCCAAGUGAAGGCGGAAUGUGGGCUUGGAGAACAUGCAGUACACAUUCUACCCCCUACAGCUAUUUGUCCAAUUGUGUUGGACAGACAAAGAUCUGUCCAAAAGAGAGGAUCCAGAUAUGGUGGGGACAAUGUUAGUAUUUGCUCCUUAACUUCAAGUCAAACAAAGCAGGCAGCAAUGUCGUUUCAAAUAACCCCGCAACCUUCGUCAGUACCACUGUUAGUCUUCAUCAACCCAAAAUCAGGGGGUCGGCAAGGAUACAAAAUUCUGCGAAAAUUUCAAUACAUUCUAAAUCCGCGACAAGUCCAUAUUUUAGGUUCCACGCAAGGUGGCCCCAUGCAAGGUCUCAAUAUGUUCAAAGAUGUACCGAACUUUAAAGUUAUAUGUUGUGGUGGAGAUGGUACCGUUGGCUGGGUACUGGAAUCAAUGGACAAAGUAGAACUGGAAUGUCAGCCACCGGUGGCCGUAAUUCCAUUAGGAACUGGCAAUGAUUUGGCACGAUGCCUUCGAUGGGGAGGAGGAUACGAAGGCGAAUCAAUUCACAAAAUGCUCCAUAAAGUGGCGAGAGGAUCUCCAAUUAUGAUGGAUAGGUGGUCGAUAGAAUUAUACGACACCUCCCAACUGGACCCGAAUAAUCUGAAAGUUGUUGAUACCCGCAUUCCAUAUAACGUAAUCAAUAACUAUUUUUCAAUUGGAGUGGAUGCGGCAAUUUGCAACAAAUUCCAUAAUGAACGAAGCAAAAAUCCAGACAGAUUCAACAGUCGAAUGAAGAACAAACUGUGGUACGUUGAGUUUGCCACCACGGAAACAUUGUUCGCAUCCUGCAAAAAUCUGCAGCAAUCGAUUGAAAUUGAAUGUGACGGUGUGGGACUUGAUCUUGCUAAUGGUCUUCCACUACAGGGCAUCACAUUUCUUAACAUACCUUAUACGCAUGGAGGAUCGAAUUUGUGGGGCGAACACUUGGCAGUAACAAGGCGAAGUAGGAAAAAGGGCCGCGAAAAGGACAUCAGCACCAGUAGUUUUAAUUCCGUAGAUUUAAGUGUAGCUGUUCAAGAUAUUGGAGACGGACUAAUUGAAGUUAUUGGGUUGGACAAUUGCUUGCACAUGGGACAAGUGAAAAUGGGUAUUACGGCAAGUGGAAGAAGGUUGGCGCAAUGUUCAUCUGUGACUAUCAAGACUAAAAAAACAUUUCCAAUGCAAAUCGAUGGAGAACCUUGGAUGCAGCCACCAACAACGAUACGUAUCACACAUAAGAACCAAGUACCUAUGCUAAUGGCGCCACCACCCGAAAAGAAAAAAGGAUUUCUUCGAUUUUUUCGGCGAUAGACCGAAAUACCAAUUUCUACUGAAUCUUCCUAAUUUAAAAGUGAUAUUAAUAAUUGUUUUUUUCAUCAAGACUCAACCUAGUGCCACGUAGCUAGUUUUCGCUUUAAAGUGAGACAUUGUACUCGCGAUGAGAGCACUCAUUUUCUAUGUACCUGCAUUUUUAAACCUCAUUUUCAGCCUUAUAUAUGUAGUUGGUGAUUUAGAUAAAUCGAUCAAUGACUAAAAUAUAUCAGUAUUAUUUCAUGCGCUGUAGGUAUAUGUCGUAUAGAUGUGUAUGAGUUAUGGGAGAUAUUUAAUAUGAUAUCUUGUUGAUAAUUGUUCAUUGUUCAGAUAUUAUAAUGGUAGAUUAAGCGCGGAAAUUGGGAUAAACCGAUAAAGGAAAACUGAUGAAUCUCUUCUCUUCGCCUGGCGUAUUUAAAUAAUUCAUAGUGAGCGAUUACUAACGUUUUUCAUCUUCACCACGUAUGCAUGAAGUAGAAUUUAUCAGCUUAUCCUAACUUCCUAUAGUAAAAGUUUAAUUUUCAUUGUGAUUUAUUUCCAAACUUGUAAUCAUAAAAAAUGCUGAGGAUGGCUGCUAUUAAACAAUAACAUUCUGUAAAAACUGUAGUUCGAUUAAAUAUUAAAAUAUCUAGGCAAAUUCUAGGGACCAUCUUGCUUUCAAACAUAUUCCCGCCAAUCUUGUACCUACACAUAUUAGAUGGCAAACUUAAGACAAAAGGUCUUCCUUUCGAAUGUAGGAUUAGAAUAUUAUAAGCUCAGAUUUCGUCGUCAUAAACUUAAAGGACACUUUUCAGACUAAAGGGUCAGUUUUCAAUUGAGAUUUAUGAAUAUGUACUUAUACCAUUUGAACAUAUUUUAAUUUUGAUAGGUCUCAACAUACCUAUUACAAAUCAGCAGAUAUCUUUGAAAGGCUGCUAGAAUUAAUAAAUUGGUGUUGCCAAAGCUUUUGUCCAACUGAAAUGGAAUGGAAUAAAGCCUAGAAUUCAAAAAUGUAUGUGUGUGACACUAAACUAGUCGCUAGCCUUUCAAAUCCACGUUUGGCUUUAGCUUCUAUUCUGAUGAUACCGGAAUCUCAAAUUAUCAUGCUUUAAUCACCAGCAAAGAAUUAUUGGAAGACCACUUUCCAGUCUAGUUUUAAUUUUUACAGGUUGUAACAAAAAUCCAGCACUUUCAGUUUAGUUGAACUUUCUAAUAUCUCCCAGUUUAUUCUUUUAUUUUAACAACGGAAUAUUAAUUUCUAUUGUAUUAUACAUUUUGGCUAUAAAAAAAUCAGUACAGGGAGGGUGAUGUCUUAUGAAGACGGUUUAUCGAAGUUUUUCAGUUCCAAAAAAAUGAAUUUCUUCACAUUUCAUUUUAAAGAUUAUCUUCAUCUCCACGAAGAAUCUCCACUGGGAUUUCAUUAUUUGGAAAUCAGUUAUCAGUCGAUUAAAGCCAGGUAGAUAAUUUUUGCUACUAAUUGCAAUUAUUGGAAAAUCUGAACCGUCUCGACAAUUCAAAUUUCAACACAUAGGGCAUUUAAAUAACUGGACUGGAGACCAUACGCUUUGAUUUCUGCUAGUUUAACUAAUAAAAGUGUCUUUAAGCAUAGAAAUUUACUCGAAUAUUACUUCGAAUAAAACUUCAUUCUUGAUUAAUCACUUAUCUAAUUGUGAUGGAAAACAAUUAGCCUCAUAUAUUGAAUACAGUACGGCUUAAAAGCUGAAAUAACGGAAGAAAACAUUGAGUUUGCAGAAAAUAUUAAUCGGAAAACAGAUGGGGACGCAUUUAAAUUUCAUAAUGAAUGAAUUUUUCAAAGAUUAAAUAAAUAUACAAUAAAUUUCUUAAAACGUUGAAGAAAUAAUAGACAUAAUCAACAUUAUGUUGAACAUCAACAUUUUAGGAUGAAUACAAAAUCAUUUGCUUCUUCGUUAAUAUUCGCCUGAGUAUUUAUUACAUAGAGUACUGUAAUUCUUCAUUUUCAUCUUCUAAUAUUAAAAAUCUGCAACAUUAUAACCUAACGCUUACCAACUACCGCCUUGUAUACAAUUUACCAAAAAAACUAUACACAUCAGUAGAGAUAUUCUUGAAACCGUUAGUUUUUAUAAUAAAUAAUUAUCUUGUAGUACUAGAACUUAUAGUUGUUAACUAAAAAUAUUGCAGUACUACGCUCUACGCGUCUUUUUCGUAUAAACUAUGUUUAUAAAUAUCUCAGUAAAUUAUAUUGAUAUUGUUUCCUGUGUAUUCUGAUUUUCAAAGAAUUGAGUUUAAGAUUUGUCGCACUCAAUUUUGAGAUCCGACAAUUAUAUUCCAUAAAACAUGUACUUUUCAUAGGUUUUCCUUGAAACCAAAUGGUUGUACGUUGAUAGGAUAUGAUUAUCGUUAAGGAUGCUGUAACAUUUAUUUGUAAAAAGUAUUUUAAGAUUAUUGUUGCUGUUUCUAUAAUAUGUGUUCAAUAAAAGUAGGUGUUCUUAAACCACUGGCAUUAAAUGAAAAUUAUUCUUAAAUUCGAUAAAAUGAAAACAAAAACUAAGUGAAACUUGAUUCCGAUAGUUUACUUCGAGUAAAAUUUAUCUUGAAAUGCUAGUGGACCACUUAAGCUAAAAUGUUUGUUGUGUUUAAUGAAUGUAACAAUGGCUAUUUGGAUGCACGAAUCAUGAACAGUUUUGAAAACUCUUUAUAAGCUAAAAUCCAUAUAUUCCUCUGAUUUUAUGAGCAAUUUAAAAAAAUAGUUAUUCAUGCUCAGGUAAGGUUCGAAUUUGAUUUACAAAUCUAAUAGUAUUCAUAAAAAAUGAAUAUUUCUAGUUGAACGAAUACAUUAAUUUUCAUUUACUCACCACUGUAAUGGUUUGUGACCCAAAUUUGCUCAAUUUUCACCUAUUUUAAUAACUUGAAUGGACUGUUUAAUGUUUUUAUAGUAAGAUUAGAAAUUAAAUUGAAUGUUUUAGUUAUGUCAGCUUAAAAUUAGACUUGAUUAUAAAUUUUCACUUAAGUUUCUUAUAGUAUGUUAAAAAGUAACUAUCAAAUAAAAAUAGCUAGUUGAAUUCGACAUUAAAGUUGAACACUUCAUGUAGAAUAAAAUUUACAAAUAUAUUUAAAAAUUUUAGAAUAAGGUUGUAUUUUCGAAAUUUUUGGCUGACAUAAACUCAUAUCUAUAUCUAUGUUAAAAUAUAUAAGAUAUUCGUUUGUAAAUUAUACGUUUUUAUAUCAAUUUAGAACUGCCACUAUAACAAAAAAGUGGAGAAGUCUAUUGCUGUUAAAGCUUUAAAUGUAAUAUAAAAAAACCCUGUAUAUCGUAGGUUGUCUAAGAUGUAAGACUUUUUGUCCGCGCCUUGUAAAUAGAAAACAUUCAGAAUGGUGCACUGAAACCGCUACAAAUUUUCUCAAAAAGUCUAAAUUUAUUUGUAAAUAGCAUAACUGUUAUGCAUAAAAUAUGAUUUUAUUAAGCAUUUUAAAGAAGGUUGCUUCUAAGUAUGAAAAAUGUGGCGUUUUCAGGGUCUACACUGUCCUUCUCAUAGCUUUACGUGUAACGUCCAAUUUAGCCUACUAUAAGAAGAAAAUAAUAUUUUCUAUCUUAUUAAAAUAUAUUACCCAUCCUCAUAAUGCGAAUCGAUUGACUUUUUCACAUUCAGUGAAAUUUGUUAGAAAGCUUUCAGAGUACUUGUUAGUGCUUCUCAAUAAUAUUUUUUGUAAUAUUAAUUUAACAAUUUAGUACUUAAUAUUGAUUCAAUAAACUACCAACUAAACCAAAGUGGUAGUAUUUUAUCCGCAAUAAAACAACAUUAUAUAAAUGUAAAGAUUUAUUUAAAGAAUUUAUAAAUAAUAAUAUGUACGAACAAAGGCGAUAAUCCGGACGAGUCACUUGAUUCUUUCAUUAAUAAUUCAAAAUUUUUCUUUUUUUAUUCUUUUAUUUCACAAUUUUUGCAGUUCCCGUUCAUUUGCUGGCUGUAUAUAUUAAUAGUGAACGUUUAAUACACCAAAACAAUUGACAAAAAUGUGUAAUAAUUCUCUUGAUACUCAUAUCCAUCAUCAUUUUCCGCCAAUAAAAACUAUGGUCUUUGUACGUAUAUAUGCAUACCAAGCUUUCUAAAACACGUUUUAUAUUGAAUCAGGUAUUACUAUUUCGACAAAAAGAUACUAAUUCUUUGAGUAUUAAUUGAACUCUUCUUUAGGCAGUUAGUAGUAAUUUUAUAACUAAUAGAAACUUUUAAAAUGUUUUAUGUGAUAUUCAAAUAGUUUCUUUUUAUAUUCGAAAGUGAAUCAUUAUUAGUAUUACUUGGCGAUAAUAAAUAAAAUGGAUCUUUUAUUUAUUGAUUUACAAUAAAACUAGAUCAAAAGAAUAAGUAAAAACUUA